AUUAUCCUGAACACCAGAUGUCUGGCCGUUUUUCUUGCAACAUUAGCUACUGGUUUUCAUUGCCUCCAAAAGAUCAAAAUUGCCCCAGAAAUUAGAGAAUUUGAUUUAAAAGAAAAAAACUUGAACAAAUGGACAAUAUGUCUAUUACAAACACACCAACAAGUAAUGAUGCCUGUCUGAGCAUUGUACAUAGUUUAAUGUGUCAUAGACAAGGUGGAGAAAGUGAAACAUUUGCAAAAAGAGCAAUUGAAAGUUUGGUAAAGAAGCUGAAAGAGAAAAAAGAUGAAUUGGAUUCUUUGAUAACAGCUAUAACUACAAAUGGAGCUCAUCCUAGCAAAUGUGUUACCAUACAGAGAACACUGGAUGGAAGGCUUCAGGUGGCUGGUCGGAAAGGAUUUCCUCAUGUGAUCUAUGCCCGUCUGUGGAGGUGGCCUGAUCUACACAAAAAUGAACUAAAGCACGUUAAAUAUUGUCAGUAUGCAUUUGACUUAAAAUGUGAUAGUGUCUGUGUGAAUCCAUAUCACUAUGAACGAGUUGUUUCACCUGGAAUCGAUCUCUCAGGAUUAACACUGCAGAGUAAUGCUCCACCGAGUAUGUUGGUGAAGGAUGAGUAUGUCCAUGACUUUGAGGGACAGCCGUCCUUACCCACUGAAGGACAUUCAAUUCAAACCAUCCAGCAUCCACCAAGUAAUCGUGCAUCAACAGAGACCUACAGCGCCCCAGCUCUGUUAGCCCCAUCUGAGUCUAAUGCUACGAGUACCUCCAACUUCCCCAACAUUCCUGUGGCUUCCACAAGUCAGCCGGCCAGUAUUCUGGCAGGCAGCCAUAGUGAAGGACUGUUGCAGAUAGCUUCAGGGCCUCAGCCAGGACAGCAGCAGAAUGGAUUUACUGGUCAGCCAGCUACUUACCAUCAUAACAGCACUACCACCUGGACUGGAAGUAGGACUGCACCAUACACACCUAAUUUGCCUCACCACCAAAACGGCCAUCUUCAGCACCACCCGCCUAUGCCGCCCCAUCCUGGACAUUACUGGCCAGUUCACAAUGAGCUUGCAUUCCAGCCUCCCAUUUCCAAUCAUCCUGCUCCUGAGUAUUGGUGUUCCAUUGCUUACUUUGAAAUGGAUGUUCAGGUAGGAGAGACAUUUAAGGUUCCUUCAAGCUGCCCUAUUGUAACUGUUGAUGGAUACGUGGAUCCUUCUGGAGGAGAUCGCUUUUGCUUGGGCCAACUCUCCAAUGUCCACAGGACAGAAGCCAUUGAGAGAGCAAGGUUGCACAUAGGCAAAGGCGUGCAGUUGGAAUGUAAAGGUGAAGGUGAUGUCUGGGUCAGGUGCCUUAGUGACCAUGCAGUCUUUGUACAGAGUUACUACCUAGACAGAGAAGCUGGACGAGCGCCUGGAGAUGCUGUUCAUAAGAUCUACCCAAGUGCGUAUAUAAAGGUCUUUGAUUUGCGUCAAUGUCAUCGACAGAUGCAGCAGCAGGCAGCCACUGCACAGGCAGCAGCUGCAGCCCAGGCAGCAGCUGUGGCAGGAAACAUCCCUGGUCCUGGGUCAGUAGGUGGAAUAGCUCCAGCCAUCAGUCUCUCAGCUGCUGCCGGCAUUGGAGUGGAUGACCUCCGUCGCUUGUGUAUACUCAGGAUGAGCUUUGUGAAAGGCUGGGGACCGGAUUACCCACGACAGAGUAUCAAAGAGACGCCAUGUUGGAUUGAGAUUCAUUUACACCGGGCUCUCCAGCUGCUAGAUGAAGUCCUUCACACCAUGCCUAUUGCAGACCCACAACCGUUAGACUGAGAUCUCAGCAUGGAGGCCCUUGCCAUUUUCAGGAUGGUGGACUAUGAAAUAAUAACCCUGUUUAUAAUCUGAAGAUCUAUUUCAUUUUUGUUCUGCUUUAUCUUUUCAUAAAGGGUUGAAAAAUGUGUUUGCUGCCUUGCUCCUAGCAGACAGAAACUGGAUUAAAACAAUUUUCCCUCUAUUUUAGAAAUUUUCAGGCAUGGCUCAGAGCUUGAAGAUCAGAAAGAACCAAUUCUUACUAAAUCUUUACAAGUUGUAUAUGAAGGAGUCAUUCCAGUGCUGGAAAACUCAUCCCUUCAAAAUGUCUUAGACCCUUUUAUAUGCAGAACAUUGGUGUGUGUUAGUCUACAGAAUGAAUUCAAUAUUGCUGAUUUUUAAAGGCAGAGAAGUUCUCAAAGUUAUUUACCUAUGUUAUUUUGUGUGCAAGUUAUUGUUGAACAUACUUUUCUCCAAAAUACUGUGCCAUGUAGGUGAGUUAAUUUUACCAAGAACAACUUUCCUGCUUAAAAACUAAGGUAGUAAUGUAUUAUAACCUAUCCAAAAUAUUUUUUUUUACAAGUUAAAGUAGUGAAGAUUAUUUCAAUUUAGAUUGUCUUGCAAACUUGAGUUGUCUUUUUGCCAAGACAAAAACACUAAUCUGUGUGUAUAUUGACAAUUCCUUAAAAUUAUCAAAGAAAUAUUUGUCAUUUAAAAUUACAUUUGUUAUCCUAAUGGGUGACUGUAAUCAAGACAUAUCUUUUGCCCUGUUAAACAGUAGAUGAAUUCUUCUAUAUUUCUAGGCACAGAGUUGGUUAUAAAGAUGCCUAGGGGAAGAAUUUCUUUCCCUUUGCUAAUUCAUAGGGAGAAGGUUUUGUAUUUAAAAAACACUAAAAGCAGUGUCACUCUGAUAUUUCACUGUUCUGCAAGGUGGCAAUGCUUAAACUAAAAUAAUGAGUAUUUUGGAAACUGCUAAAUUCUAUGUUAAAUACUGUGCAGAAUAAUGGAAACAUUGCAGUUCAUAAUAGGUAGUUUGGAUAUUUUUGUACUUGAUUUGAUGUGUGACUUUUUUUUCAUAUACUGUUUAAAUCAUGUAUGUUUUGGCAUUGUUUAAAAUUCAGUUUUUGUAUCUUGGGGCAAGACUGCAAACUUUUUUAUACCUUUUGGUUAUCUAAGCCCUUUGACAUCAAUGAUCAUAUCCAGUCGGCAGUGACUUUGUAUAGAGAAUUUAAGUAGAAAAGUUACAGAUGUAUUGACUGUACCACAGACAAAUAUGUAUGCUUUUUACCUAGUUAGUAGCGUAAAUAAAACUGAAUCUCAACAUACAAGUUGAAUUCUAGGUUUGAUUUUUAAAAUGCUUUUCUUUGCACUUUUGAGUCCAAUCUCAGUGGCGAGACACCUUCUACCAAGUGACCGGCAGCAGCCAGUUGUUUUGGGCAGCUUUGGUUUUUUUUUGUUUUUUUCCCUCACAUCCUACCAGGACUUUCCCAUAUACAUUAUAGAUCGUGUGUAGAGUUGGUUAUUUUUUAACUUUUAUUGUACUGUAGCAAAAAAUAGGCCUGGGAUCAAUAGUGUGAAAUAGAAUUGAGAUCAUCAUCGAGAUGUUUUUACUCUUGCUUGGAGGGCUUUUUGUGAGCUUUUUAAGAGCCUUUAAGGCAUGGUAGUUUGGGAAACACUUAAUGCCUACUAGCUUUCUCUGUGUCAGCCAAAAGGAGCACGUCCUCUACAGCUUGGUUCAGAAGGUCUCAAUGAGACUCCUGGAAACCACUGAAUGUGUUGUGAUUGCAAUGCAAAUCUCAAUCCAAGUUACACAUCUGGUUUUUUAAAAGCUUCUCUACCAAUUCAUUUCUACUCUUCAGUACUUAUAAGUAAUUUUGGUAAAGACCUAGCUAGUUAUCUGUAUAUGUUUGGUGAUUCUUGGUGAUUGUUUUAAAAAGAUUUUAUUGGCAGAAUUAUACAAAGCAAUUUUUGUCUUUAGGUCCAUUUUAUUAUGAAUGGAGAAUAAGAGUAAAAGGAAAGAGUUUUAGUAUAAUAGGUUUUUUAAAUCCACAUUAUUUGACUAGAACCUUAGCCGUGCAGUGGUACAAUUUGUUGCCUCUUUUCUACUUUAUAGAAAAUUUUCCAUGUUUAAUCAUCUUCAGAAAAUACGUGGAAAAUAUUUGCUAAGAAGUAUCUCUGUAGAGCCAAGCACCUGUCUUGGUUUCUUUUACUAAGAGCCAUAAAAUAUAGAAGUACUUCUAGUUAUUGAUUAUAUUUGUACUUACUGAUUGUCAUAUGCUUUUAAGAAAUCUAGUAUGAUACCAAUUCCUGGCAGCUUAGUUGCUAAAUCCUAUUUCCUUCUAUUCUUUAGAGGUUGCCCUCUUUAAUGAAUAAGAUUAAAAUCACCCUAGGUUUAAAUUUUUCUGUCCAUUUUAGGAUAAAAUAGUUUCUGCAGUUCUUAGAGUCUGAUUAUUAUGUGGGUAUGGUUCUCCCUAAUUUGUAUCUCAAGACUCUCCUAAAAUUAAGUUUCAGCAGAAGCUGAAUGAGAGAUGAAGCAGAUCCACCCAGUCUGAGACCAUCUACUUUGUCUCAUGCCUUUCUCCAUUUGAUCAAGAAAAUCGUUAAUGAUAUUGCCUUUAUCUGCUUUGAUAGAGUCUCCCUUGUUUGCUAUACUUUAGUGCCCCUGGUAUUCAAAGAAGAUGAGAAACCACUGCCAUGUAACCUUGUUUUUCUAGAAACAAGGCUCAUUUGUACUACCCUAAUCACUAGCGAGGUGACCAUUGCUCCUAAAGAUAUUACAGGUUUACAGAUCAGAUGAUCUGGCUUAGGAGAACUAUUCCUAAAAAAUCCAGUAACUCAUUAAGCUGUACUUUAUGUCAAAGUUAAAAAUCCAUUUUUGUGGUGAAUAGUGUGGUUUGUACUAGCAACUUUGAAGGUAAACUGAAACCUGGGGAUUUUUAUCAUCUGAAGAAGGAUAUUUUGCAUUUUCCUGUAAUGUUCCCUCAGUAUCUAUGAAGGUGGAAUGUGUCUGCUCCUGUCUGGUAGUAACUGGCUAAUUAUCACUCAUACGGAAUUUUAAAAUUUAAUGUGUUGUCAUAUUUGUUGAGACCCUUUUGGAAGGAACAGGUUUUUUUUUUUUUUUCUGAGUUGGCCUGAGUUCUUUUUGGCAAUCUGUGGCUUCUCUUUAAUAGCGGCAGAGUGGUAAAGUGGUGAGUUAGGUUACUGAGGUAAAUGAGCACAUGGAAAUAGUGCCCUGUGAAGUAAAAGAACUCGUAUAGGUGGGACUUGGUACGGACUAGCAGGUAACCUCAGCCUAAAAAAUUGCUUUUUCCCCCUAAAGGCAGGGCCAUCUUGUGACAGAUAAUGAUCUGUAAAGAAUCCCCCCAACCCCACUUUACAUGAUUAUAGAGAACAGGCUGUGAGAUGCCUACGCCAGCCUUUUCAGGUUCCCUUCUAGAAACCAGAUAAUUUCUUCUCUUCUAUACCAAGAAGGUUGUAAAAAGUCAGUGGCCUUACUCAGAGCAGCAUCCUUGGCGGAGACUCAUCCCUAGGAUUUGUCUCAGUGCAGUCAGGUUGUUUACCUGGUAUCAUGGUCUAGUGAAAUUUUCCAUAACCUUGCCUUACCAAGCAGUACACUUUUUUUUACAUUAGCCAGUUUUUUUUUUGAUGGGAGUUACUCGAUACAUAAAUCAGAAUAUACUGGAUAUAAUUUUUUUUUGUUCUUAGCUAUCUGUGUAGACUACCGGGGUUUCUAAGACAGACAAACUGUUACCUUUUCUAAAUGUCCAUGACUGCUGUGCUUUUGAAGUCUUAGUCCCCGUCAUUUCCUUUUCCAGUCCUUCUCUUAUAGCUGCCACUUGUAUGGUCGUUUUUUGCCUCUCCUUAGUGUUUUCUUCCCUUUCUUAAUCAUUGCUUCCGACUGCUCAGGAAGGAAACAAGAUGAGUGAAAUUAUUAGUAUUUUUCCUUAAAAAAUAUGAACUCUGAGACAGUUCCGAAGAUGCUUUCCUGUUGGGGGCUGAGAGGGACUCAGUGUGCUGGGAUUCUACAUUGGUUUGAUUGCUUCCAGUGUUCCCUGGUGCUUGAUGGUUGAUGUGGAGAGAAGUGAAUCAUAUUCAUAAUUUCCCCCCAUAGUGUUUUGAAAGGUUUCAUUUCCACUUAGUUGUUGCUCAUGAAAGCUGGGAUCACAGGUUUUCUAAAUCAGCAUUAGUAGCCAAGGUGGUAUGCACGCACGCAAAACUUCAUUCAGAAAACAAGGGGGUCACUUUUCCUUUGUUUUUGUGUCCUGUUAGCUGGCCUUCCUGUUCUAUAGAUGCUUUUGACCUAUAGGUGCCUUUAUGAGAAUUGAGGGUCUGAUACCAUUCCCCAAGGAGUAGCUAAUGUAAUGACUGAUGUUUUCAGGGAUUUUAACAUCAGACUUAAAUGAAUUAAUGAAGCUGUUUAUGCCUGGGUUUUUUGUUUUUUCAAUGUAGGAAGGACUGAGGAGAAAAUUUUGGUGAAGACAAUCAUUUUUCUCUGUUGAUGUGGAUACUUUUCACAAACUUUAUUUAAGAUGCUGUCUCAGUAGGUUCAUGGACUUGUUCAACCUAAAACUAGUGGCUCUGGGAUAGGCCAGACAGUUGUACUUUCUAAUUUGUGCUCGACCACUCAUUUAAUGUGCCCUUCAGCAAGCCAUGUACCUUCUCUGGGCCUCAGUUGCCUCAUCUGUAAAAUGAGGGAGUUGGACUGGUUCUGCCAGAUCCGACUUGUAAGUGACCUUGCUAACCUUGCAGCAGUUUUGGCUUUGUUCUUUACCUUUGCUCUGCUGUUUGAGUGGGCUUUUUACUUAUUUCCGUGUUACUCAAAUGAGACUAGCCUUGAUCUUUUAUUACUAUUCUGUGGACAAGAAGUUACAUAUUAUGUCCUUAAGACUUAAUUUUAACCAAAGGCCUAGCACCACCUUGGGAGCUACAGUAGGUACUUUACAAACAGAAAAAACAAAAGCCUGGGGUCCAGGGACCCUUCCUUUGAUUUCUCUGCCUCUCUUCAAAGUUUAUAAAGGCCUUUUCUGAGUCAUGACAUCCUGACUUUCAAGUUGGUCUGUUUGAGAUUCCAUCCUCCUAAGUGCUGGUCAUUUUUUCACCUAAAAUGGAUUGAAAUUCUGUUGUUAAUGCCUAGUAAUUUUAGAAGUCCUUUCUUUGGGUCUUUAGUUUCUUAACUCUUCUAUGCUCAAAACAGGAAAAUUUCUCCAAAUUGUAUCAAUAUCUCAUUAAUAUGACUCAAGAAAACAGAUCAGUACCUGAUUAUUCAUUUAUAUUUGCCUCUUUUAAAAGUCCACCUUUUGGCUGGAUCAUUCAGAGUUCUCUUUCAGCCUACCUUUGAAUGAGUAUAAUAAACGAGCUUGUUUUUUUUCAAGGACCUGAGAGCCUUCCUGGGGGUGGGUUAAGGGUGGGGGGUUGGGGAGUCCUGGUAGAGGCCAGCUCUGUGGUGGCUGGAGAAGGGAUGAAACUGGCUGCUCUUGCUAAGGCUGCUUGUCAUUGAUAGAAGGACUCAUGGACUUGGAUUGGUUAACAGGCUAAAUAAUGGAGUUGGCAGGCUUCCUCCGAAUACGGGGUUCUGAUCAAUGCAUUGGAUGUGUGACCUAACAGAAAAGCAUGACUGCUCAGAGGUGAUGACACCUGGUGUGCUACAGAGCCCAGUGUGUGGGAAGUAACUGGGCCGUUGGCAGAUUUGGCAGUGGUACUCUCAACUCUGUCACCUCCCUGAGGUCCAAGGAAUGCAGUGAUGCCAAAACUAAGAGAAGAGCCACACAGCUUGUGCCUUGGGGAAGAACUGGUCAACUGAAGUACCAGUUGGUUCCUUUGUGGCUCUCUGUAUACUUUUGUCUGGUUGAAGUUUGUGGCUUAAAA